GAGGUCAUCCACCGCGGCGCCGCCACCGCGCCCGCGCCAGCGCCGGGCGGCCCCUGGCCGAGCACGCUCAGCCUGGAGCUCUGCACCCCGAGCGGUUGGGAGGCCUGGGAGAGCUUCAGCACCGGGGGCACGGUGAACGACCCGGCCAGCUCGGAGGACUGGCGCAUGCUCCUGAUCCAGGCGAAGCGGCCGCGGCCGCUGCCUCUCAGGCCCCCGCGCCGCAUCAGUCCAGCGCCGGCGCGGGCCGAGCCGGCACCAACGGCAGCGGCGGCCUGGGUUGGCGCGGACGCCCACUAAGCGCGCCGCUGCCUCCAGGAGCUCCGCUGCAGCGCCCACAGCGCCUCAGCGCGCUGCUGAUGCAUCGUUGUGAAUUGUUUAGCGCUGUGAAAUGCCGUGAGCCGCCUGCCUUGGACAAUUACAGAAUUCUUGCCGCAACCUUGCAGCGUGCGGUUGCGGCUAUUCCACGAGAGUUCCUCUAUCAGUCUCUCCCCCCUCUCCCUGUCUCUGUCUCUCUCUCUCUCUCUCUCUUUCCCCCCCCCCCUCUCUGUCUCUCCC